AUGGCGAGCAUUAGGAGUCGAUAUACAAUUUUGAUUGCAAUAACCAUCUUCGUAUGGAUAUAUUUAUUCACUGGACUAACACGCCAUGAAGCAUCAAUAGCGCCUACUGAUGCUGUUGAGAAGCUUUCUCAAGCUGCAGCCUUCCUAUCACAACAAGCAAAACAGGAUCGAGAAGAGCUUGAGCGGCUGAAAGGUGUUGUUGCCCGUUUAAGCGCUUCAAUAUCAGUGCAGAAGGCUGAAGACCGAGCUAUUCCACAUCUGGCUACAACAAAGCGAUGGACAGAACCAAUAGCAGUUGUAGUCUUCGUUUGCAACCGGCCAUCGGCAGUCACCACUCUUUUGAAACGUUUGAUAUCAAGGGCAGUGGCUGAAUUUGGUGAGCAGGUCCAGUAUGUAAAGCACAAAAGCGCCCAAGAAGCAAACGUCGUUGUGCCCAAAAAUCACAAGCGUUUUGCCACUUACUACUAUAUUGCACGCCAUUAUAAGCUCGCAUUCGAGCACGUGUUCGAUACUCUGGGGCAUAACACCGCUAUUUUGUUAGAAGAUGAUCUAGAUGUUUCGAUAGACUUUUUUGAGUACUUUUUGGCAACUCGGUAUUUAUUAGAGAAGGAUCCUACACUUAUGUGUGUAUCUGCUUGGAAUGACAAUGGAAAGGCUGAAAACAUCGAUAUGGAGGCGAUCGCAUUGCUAUAUCGCAGCGAUUUCUUUCCUGGCUUAGGAUGGAUGAUGACCAGCCGUCUGUGGAAAGAGCUUCAGCCAAAAUGGCCUAAUGGGUUUUGGGACGACUGGUUAAGAGAACCUGAGAAUCGCAAGGGCCGCCAGUGUAUUCGACCAGAAAUCAGUCGGACUGGCAUGACGCCUUUUGGGAAGAAAGGAGCUAGCAAAGGACUUUUCUUUGACAAACAUCUAGCGAAAGUGGUGCUCAACGUUGCCAGUGUUCAAUUCACUACGAUGAAUCUUGAUUACCUUCUCAAUCCGACGUACAAUAACACUUUCAAUCAUUUUGUCUAUCACGAUACUGAGCUCAUAGUGGAGUAUACAGGAAAUAUAGACUACAUUAUCAAGGCGGAUAAGCUGCUUAUUAUGCACGAUUUCAAGGCUGGCGUUCCCCGGACAGCAUAUGAAGGUGUCGUACCCUGCUAUAUAAGAGGAUUGAGAAUAUUUUUGGUGCCUGACAGAAGAACAGUGAAGGGAUACGACAAGACUUGGACGGUUCCGCAGGCUUUUGAACGAAAACGCAACUGA